AUGGCUGACGGCAUCAAGGUUCAGCCUUCUUCGGCCGAGUACUACAGGACCGUCUUCAGAGGAGUCCCGGAACAUCUGGAGACCGCUGACAUCGAGGAAAAAGGUUUCCAACCAUCAUCCGUCACCAGGAUGAUGCGAGGAAAUCGACCGCUCCCCCUGGAUUUGGUUCAAGUGAACCAAAAUCAGAAGCAUAUUUAUGACAUCCGGGAUCUCCUCAACGUUAUACAACACCAAAAAACCAAAACACCAAACCCCAAUCAACCCCAACCACCCCAACCCCAACACCACACCAACCCCAACACCAAAAAACACUGGAGGAUCAAAGUAGCUGCAAAUGCCCCCCGAAAUGCACCCACACCUGGAAAGCAUCCUGCCGGUGCAUCUGGCACACGCUCGGGAAUGAGCUACGCAGGAGCGGCCAAGAGCGGUAACACCUCCGCCAGGCCGACAGAGGCGCUCAGUAGUCCCCGCCCGUCGAAGGUAGCUGAUUUCUAUCACGACUCGUCGAGUGGAAACCAAAUGGAUGUAGUUGUUGUGCGUAUAAUGUAUCUUGAGAAGGAGGAAGAGGAAAUUGACCUCGUCAUCAACACUGAUGCUGAUAAAACAUUAUCCAGUUUCUGCAAGUGGCAAGAGAAAAUAAAUCCCAAAGAUAUCGAGAAUCCAAAUCAUCACGAUAUCGCCGUUUUGCUCACAAGAUAUGAUAUCUGCGCUGAUGCAGGAGCAGAUUGCGGCUUGAUGGGUCUAGCAUACGUUGCAGCUGCUUGCACUUCCAACGAAAACUGUGCAAUCAAUGAGGACGGAGGUUUGGUUCUAGGAAUUGUAGUCGCCCAUGAAAUGGGACACGUAAUGGGAUGCUCUCAUGACAAAGAAGGCGAGUCUUCCUGCGCUGCUCAAGACAAAGACGAAUCAUAUUUCGUUAUGGCGCCUUAUGUCCACGUUUUCACAACGAAAUGGUCUACGUGUAGUAGAGGAUUCAUCACCGCACUGUUUGAAAACAGCCUUGGUGAUUGCCUUAAUGAUGAACCCCAAACAUCUCUUUAUGCUUAUAAAUAUGCCCUUCCUGGCACAAUCUAUGAUGCUGAAGCCCAAUGUGAUAUUCAGUUUCCUGGUUCUAAGUUGUGUCAUACAGACGAAGACAAAUUUUGUGAAAUGUUACUUUGUCAAACAACUCCGGAUUCUUGUUUAUCAGAUGAGGAGCCUCCACAAGAUGGUACAAAAUGCGGAAAAAAUAAGUGGUGUUUUCACAAGAAAUGUAUAGAAGUGGGAGAACGUCCUGAAGCAAUCAAUGGAGGAUGGGGUUCAUAUGGUUCUUGGUCUAGUUGCUCUAGAACAUGUGGAGGAGGCGUGUCAAUAUCUCAAAGAGAAUGCGACAAUCCUGUACCGCAAUAUGGAGGAAGAUAUUGCCUUGGAGAGAGGAAAAAAUAUAAAAUUUGUAAUAAAGAUCCCUGUCCACCGGAUCAACCAUCUUUUCGAGAGGUCCAAUGCACGGAGCACAAUGAGAAACCGUUCAAUGGAAAAUUACAUACCUGGACACCACAGUUUGAAAAAGAUGAACCCUGUGUUUUGUACUGCAGCAAUGAGGAAAAUGCUUAUGCUAAACUGGAACCACGAGUCAAAGAUGGAACAUCUUGUAAAACCGGAACGAAAAAUAGGUGUAUCAGUGGAGUAUGUCGUAAAGUCGGAUGCGACUUUCAGCUCGACUCCGACGCUGUCGAAGAUGUAUGCGGAAUUUGUAAUGGUGAUGGAACGCAGUGUAAAAUUAUCGAAGAGGUUUAUAAAGAUACCGGCGCUCGUGAUUACAAAAAAGUGGCCACCAUUCCGCAGGGCAGCAGGAACGUUGAUAUCAAAGAGUUGGCGCCUUCAGUGAAUACGCUGGCAAUUAGUGAUAAGAGCGAGAAAGUAUUUUACUUGAACGGCAAUCACAUAGAAGAUAGAGAUGGUGAUAAAAAAUUCGGAAAAGUUGAAGGUGUUUAUGCGCAUCCGGAACCAGGUAGGGAGACACUGGUAAUAAGUGGUCCAAUAACUGAAGACUUGAUAUUUUUCGUAAGUAUGCAUUCAAAUACGUAACGACAGUA